AUGUAUGCAUACAAAAAAAAUAAUUACAACAUAAACGAUAAAAAAAUAAUACAAACUUUCAAACGUUCUAUAUUUAAUUUUAAGGUUAAAGAACAAGGGGUUGACCCUAAAAAGAAAGUCAGUAAGAAAAUAAAAAAUGAUGAAGAAGGGAAGAUUAAAAAAGGAGCUCACCAAAGAAUAAAAAGUAAUGAUAAUAUUAUUGUAGUAGAUAGGGUGAGAAAAAAAAAGGAAGAUACAUAUAGAGAUAAGAAUGAAUAUAUGAAUGAAUAUAUGAAUAAAUAUAUGAAUAAAUAUACGAAUAAAUAUACGAAUAAAUAUAUGAAUAAAUAUAUGAAUAAAGAACUAAACGGAUUGAUAAAAUAUAAGACACCUUGUGUCCUUAACGCUAAAAAUAAUAAGGUCAUGAAAUUGUUGAAAUAUCCUAGUUGUAUGGAAAAAAAAAAAAAGGAUAACAUAAAAAAUUAUAAGAAAAAAAAAAGUAUAAUAAAUAAAAAUAAUAUUGUGAAUAAUUCUAUUUAUAAAUAUUCUCCAUUAGAUCAUAAGAUAAAAAGAGACACUUAUAAUAAACAUGCAUCUUGUAAGGUAGUAGAUAAAAAUGAUAAAAUAUGUUCGAAUUAUUUUCUAUUAAAUAAUAAUAUUUCUAUAAAUCAAAAGAGAAUAGGUGGUAUGGAUAUAAAAAAAAAAAAAAUAAUAAUAACAAAAAAAACACACAUCUGUGAUAAUAAAAUGGACAACACUAUGAAUAAUUAUCAUUCUAAGAAUAAGAAUAUAUACAAUAAUGAUAAUCAAAUGAAAUCUAAUAACAAUAGUAAUAAUAAUAAUAGUAAUAAUAAUAAUAAUUAUUAUUAUUAUAAUAGUAGUAGUAACAAAGGUGUUGAUAUAUUAAGCAUAUCAAAUUGUAAGGAAAAAUAUACAACAAUGAAUAAACACUUGUGUCUACAAAACAGUAAUUUUAAUUACAAAUAUUUGAAAGACGAAAAAAAGAAAAUAAAAAGUAUUAAAAAUAAUAUUAUUAAUGAUUAUAUAUAUAACGAAUCUCAUAAUAUAAAUAACAUUAAUUUAAAAAAUAAGUUAUUAUAUAAAAAAGAUGUAAUAAGAAGAAAUAAAUCAAGUAAUUCAAAAUAUCCAACAAAAAAGAAAUUAAUAUGCAAUGAGAACAAAAAUAUGGAUACUCACAAAACUGUCAAUAGCACAUGUCCUUGUAAAUAUAUAAAAAAACAAAAUGUUAUCAAAAAAAAAGAUAAGGACCAUGUUCAAAAGUUGAAGAAUAUAUCUAUAGAUACACUAUCUAAAAUAUGUGUAGAUAAAAAUGGAAAAUAUAAAAAUACAAAGAAAAAUAAUUUAUUUGUCAAUAAUAUAAAGAAUAUGAAAUUAAAAACAAAAAAUGACAAUGUCAUAAAAUUGUGGAUAGCACAUAAAAGGAAUGAACUCAUAAUGCCAUAUCAUGAAAAGUGUAUAACAAAUUGUUAUACCAGUAAAAUAAUAAAAAAUAAAGAAAUUAAAAAUGAACAUAGUGAUAGGAAUAAUUUGGCAAAUAAUUAUUUCUUAACUAUAGAAGGAAGACAGAGUGGAUUGAAAUGUAGAAGAAAAAAUAGCCAAGAUGAAAAUGGAAGUACCAACAAAAGUAUAAUGUAUUUGACACAAGAUGAAGGAAAUAUAUAUCCAUUGAAUAAAAAUAAUAAUAUAAAAAAAAAAAGAGAGAAAGAAUAUGAAGAAGAAUUCGAAGAUGAGAAAAAUAAGAAUAUUUUUAAAGAGAAUCAUUCAUUUGAAAAAAAAUUAUUUAUAUAUAAUGAUAAAGAAGAAUUUUAUAAUAAUAUAAAAAAUAAAAGAAGAUGUGUAAGUUUAAAUAAUAUAAAUGAAGCAAAAAAAUAUAAUCCAUUAUUUAUUACAAAUGAUUUUAGAUUAAAAAUGUGUUACAGUAAUGAUUUUAUUGAUUAUAGAAAAAUAUAUAACAGUAAUAGUAAUAAAAUGAUGAUGAUGAAAAGAAAUAGUGAUGAAUUUAUUGAUGAUAAAAAAAAAGAAAAAAAGAAUCCAAAACAGCUUUCAUUAAUGGAUAAAGAAUUAUUUUUUAAUACUAGUGAUAAUUUAUUUUUAAUAUCUUUAGAUUCAGAAAUAAUAAAAUCAUCAUCUUUUUUUCAAGACGAUGAAAACAAAAAGUUAUAUAAUAAUAAUAUUAAAAGAUUAGAUACAAAUUUAGAAACAUAUGAAAUGAAUAAAUCGAAAGAAAAUUGUGAUAUGUCCAAUAUACUUUAUAAUAAUGUUGUAGAUGGUAAUGAAAAUCCUUGUAAUGCAUUUUUAUUUUCUAAAAAUGAAAGUAAUGGAUAUUAUUCUUCUUGUGUGAAACAAUCAAAUGUAAAUAAAAAAUUAAAUGAUGAUAAUAAAAGAUAUGUUCAUACUAUGCCUUUAUUAAAUGAGGACGAAACAUAUAUAAACAAUUUCAUGAAAAAUAAAAAAAAAGACAUUUGUAUUACUUAUCAACAUGAAGAUAAAGAAAAAAAAGAAAAAAUCAUUUGUUGUAAUGAUAUAAAAAUGUGUGAGACUAUCAUAAAUGAUAACAAAGAUAUAGAUAUGCAAUUAAAAUGUAGAGACAUCAAAAAUAAUCCUAAUCAUGAUGAAUGUAUAUAUUUAUGGGCAUCAGAAAUACACAAGCCAAAAAAAAAAACCAAAAAAAAAAAAAAAAAAAAAAAAAAAAAUAUAUAUAUUAACAAAAAUAUUCACAAAAAAGAGAAUGAAAUGAAUAUUAUAAAAACUGUGAAUGAAGAAAAUAUUUUGUUUACACAAUAUUGUGACAAAAAUGAAUAUAUCAUGCCACAUUUUAAUAAAAAUAAAAAGAUUAUAUUAAAUAAUACAAAUGACAAUACUACAGAUAAACAAUUAAAAUGUAAUAAAAAAAAUAUUAGACUGCAUAAUAAUAUGUGUCGUCUAAGUAAUAAUAUAAGGAGUGAAAAAAAAGUUAUACAAAAAAAUGGA